CUUCAUGAAGGCCUGCGGUCAGAGCCUGGGCUCCCUGGAGCUGUCGUGCUGCCACUUCCUGAACGAGCCCUGCCUGGAGGUCAUCUCUCAGACGUGUCCCGGGCUGCAGGAGCUCAACCUGUCCUCCUGCGACCGCCUCCAACCGCAGGCCUUCACACACAUCUCCAAACUGACACGCCUCCGCAGGCUGGUGCUCUACCGGACCAAGAUAGAGCAAACGGCUAUUCUGAGCGUCCUGACUUUCUGCAUAGAGCUGAGACACCUCAACCUAGGGAGCUGUGUGAGGAUCGAUGACUAUGACGUUGUGGCGAGCAUGCUGGCUGCCCGCUGCUAUUCACUCCGCUCUCUGGACCUGUGGCGCUGCAGGAACCUGACGGACCGAGGCCUGGCCGAGCUCGUGACCGGCUGCAGGAUGCUGGAGGAGCUGGACCUGGGCUGGUGUCCCACCCUGCAGAGCAGCACCGGAUGUUUCCAGCACCUCGCCCGCAACUUGCCCCGCCUGCGCAAACUCUUCCUCACCGCCAACCGCACCGUCUGCGACUCAGACGUAGAGGAGCUGGCGGCCAGCUGCCCCUCCCUGCAGCACCUCGACAUUCUGGGCACACGGUUGGUGAGUCCCGCCUCGCUUAAGAAGCUCCUCCAGGCUUGUCCUCGGCUCCUCCUGCUGGACUUGUCCUUCUGUUCCCAGAUAGACAUGCGGGUGGUCCAGGAGCUCUCCGGCCUCUUCCCCAACGUGGCCAUCAAGAAGAGCUUCACUCAGUGACCCCCGCCGUGCCUCAUUCUCCACAGUCCAGAGGAAGUAAAGCAGGAGCGUUCUCUGAAGCAAACACUGCCCCAAAGUGAAUAAGAGGCAGGUCAGAUGCUGUCAGAGAUGACUGACCUCUCUGCGUCUGACAAGAUCUUCUGUUAGCGCUCGGUAAACAGAGCAGUUGUACCGGGUGAGGAGUUCCUUCAGAUUAACUGGCUGUACGGAAACGAUUUCUCACAGGAUUAACCAACGUGAGACUUUUGAGUUGUUAUUUUUUUUGGACACUUGAAAUCAGGGUUGUUGCAGUAAAGCUGCUUCUUCUUCCCAGAAUCUGUAUCACCACUUGCCAAGCAACAGAAGGCAAGGAAAUAUGCCUUGGUAGAGGAUUCAAAACAUGUGCCGUCCCUUGAACAUCUUGUUAAGACAACAACAAGGGACAAUAAACAAAAAGUGUGAAACAAACCCUUAUUGGAAACAGUUGGAAAGGCUGCAGUAAGAUUUAGCAGUUACGUAUUUGUGUUGGAUGGUAACCUACUUUAAGAUCAGGGCUUUGUAAUGUGCAGUAAUCAUGCUGUUUGCUUUAAUGCAUCAUUCUGCAGGCAUCUGUCAAGCCACUUUGAUUUCAUUAUAUUAGACUAUACGUGAUGCUGUUGGGUUCUAAGGUAUCAGGAGCUUUACAGGCGAAACGCAGCCUUAUUUCACAUCGUUUGAAUGGUGGAACCCUUAAUGCAAGUGUCACAAGUUAUUUUUGUUGCUGUAGAAUCACAAAUAUCUCAUGUUGAAAAGUAACACACCGUCACCGACAACAUGAUUAAUCAAAAACAUGCAUGAGAACUUGAAAAAAGCAGUCAGCUAAAUAUUUAUUUUUAUUUUAAACACACGAAGAAGAAAAAUAAAACACCCUUUGCAGGAAAAGACAAAAGCAUUGAACACAAAUUCACAGUCCAAAACCAAAAGAUAUGCUUACAAGGAUAUCAAAUAUAAAUUAAUACGAACAAAGAUCCGACCAGGCCAAAGUUAUUGGAUUAAUAAUUGUUUAUGCUUAGGUCAAGCAGAUCAUGCUUUUGCCAUUUUUAGGGGAAUACAGAGUUAGUUUUGUCUUCUGAUAUUUCACUAAUUCACUGGAUUCCCAAUGCUGUCAUGAUGUCGCUAGCUUCCUGUCGUCUCUCACACUCACUGCUGUCUGACUGCUGAUGUAUCGACCAACCAAAAUGAAGCUCCAGGAUGGAAGGAGCACUGUAGACUAAGUUGAGGAUUUUAUGUUAAACAGUGAAAGCACUCUGUGUGACCUCCAGUAUUUUUCCUGAAACUCAGGGGUUAUAAUAUUUUAUUUGGUUUUAAUUUGUUUUACACACAUUUUUCUCUGAAAACCAGCAGAACAGACAUCCUAACAGACCGUAACGCCAGUUAGUCAUCAGUGUUUCUCUUAAACAACAAACACACAUGAUGUAACUGAGUAACAUGAUAUCUUAUGUUGGGUUUGGAAUGUCACAGUAAUUGUACAGUAUGAUUGUGAGAUAUACUGCUGUCCCUGAGUAUUUCAUUUUUGUAAUAUAUGAAGCCACAGUUGCAAUGUGGCAGGCGUGCUUGAAAAGCAUUUUAUUAUUUAAUUUUUAAGUUGGAGUUUUCUUUUAAGCACAUGCUUCAAUAUGUGUGCCUUAUGCUCCUGUUUGAAUGUGGUGUGGUGUCCCUGUGGUUACAUUGUAAUGAAACGCUUUGCUUUUAUGCCCUUCAACCGAAGUAAUACGCAGAAAGCUGGUCUUUAAUCCCACUACUGUAUAUAUGACCAGUUUGAAUUCCAUAUAGGCUACUGUGUAUCAGCCAUGGUUAUUAAUAUGCAAAAAUAAUGUUUAUUUAUACUUUCCUGUAUUAUAAAAGGUAAUCAACAUGUUAUCCCUAUAUACAAAAAUACAGUGCUUUUUUUCGUUUUUCCUAGCCAAGCUUACAAAAAUCAGUUGUACCCCAUUAGCCUAGCUUAGCAUCAACACUCAAACAUUGGAAGCGGAGGCAACCAAAUUGUUAGCCUAGCACUGUCAAAAAAGGCUUUUCAACAAGACCAAAGUGGUCUUUUAUCAUAUUUACAAAGAAAUGCUAAAAGUUAAGAAUGGUUAGCCUAAGAGCAUUAUUUCUCAAAGUACUGUGGAAGUGACUGCAUCACAGAACUAAUUUUCUUAAUAAUGGGCCCGAGCACACAGAAUUCUACAGUAAUCAAAACACAAAGAUUAGGAGGGCUUUACCAAAUGCGUCUUAUUUUGGGGGGGUGGCAGGGAAUUUGAUAAACCUGAACUGUAAGCAUUUGACAUAGAACAAGGUUUUAAAGGCUAAUUAAGAUAUUUUUUAAAUUAAUAACUUUGGAUGUCUGUAUCCAGCAGCACAAAUUAGGUCAAAGAGGCAUCAAUAAAUGUAUUGUUUCUAACCAGUAGAGAGACGUCUUUUCGCUAAGCUACUGUAGGCUAACCAUCCUCCAGAUUGAUCAUUCGUAUUACUAUCAAUUUACCUACUUUAAUUAUGGCUUAGCUGUGCAACCCAAACAUGCCGAAAUGUCGCUUGCAUUUAUGUUGAAAUGUAUAUAUAUUUCAGUCUGAGUUGUGUUUAAACAAAAUGGGGAUGAUAAUGACGACACACCAGCCCUCCCAUUCUAUUAAUGCUUAUAUCGUUGGUAAGAAGAAAUCAGGAAGAUGAAGAUGGAAGCAUGUUUCAUAUUAUGGCAGCCACUUUCAGCAGCAGCAUUUAUUAGUUCAUACAGACUCUGUUUUCACUCUCAGAUGGCCACUGUUUGACCAAUGAAGAAGUAUGGUUCUAAUACUCUUUCAGUUCCCUUCUUGGUAGUGGGAUGGCCCUGAUUUUCUGUGAUUAAUAUACAUCUCUCUUGUCCCACUGGUAGUGCGAUGCUCCUUUGUGCCAUUGGUUUGACGGACAGCGAAGCUCCCUGUGCUGCAUUGUGGAAGACACUGUUGUGUGAAAAGAUUGUGCCUCUGUCAUGAUGAAACUGGGUGCUUGACUUUCACCAGAUUUGAAAUAAACUAAAAGAAUGAUGACUGA